AUGGCACCUCGCGCGCGUCGCACCGCGCUGGCGCCGGUUGCACCAUUGGCCCUGGCGCUCUGGAGGAUCUCCGGGCGCAGGGCGGCUGCAUGGUCGGCGCCGGUGGUGACUUACGGCUCCCGGCUCUCGGUGCCCAGAGAGGUGCCGGCGGGGCUGAGAUACUGCCCUGACUUCAUCACCAAAGAGGAGGAAGCGGAGGUGAUGCUCGCCUUAGAUGGACCAGGUGCCGCCUGGAUGAGGCAGAUUCGUCGGGCCCAGCAGUUCUUCGGCUUGGUCUACUACCAGACCUCGCAGAGGGUUCCGGAGCUGCAGCCCACAGUCGACAGCCCGCGAGACGCGCAGCUGGGCCGAGGCUUUGAGGAGCUGCCCGGCUGGCUGCUCCCGCGCCUCAGGUGUACGGGCGUGUUCGAUCCAGGCGAGAUCAACCAAGUCCAAGCCAACGAGUAUCUGGAAGACAGCGGCAUCGGCGUCCACGUGGAGGACCCCGCGGCCGGGCCCACGCUGGCCACCCUGUCGCUGCUGCAGCCGGUGCAGCUCACGCUGCAGAAGGCCCACGAGGGGAAGGCGGCUCACCGAAAUCUCCGUGACCCCGAGGACUGCAUCAAGGUCCUGCUGGAGCCUGGAUCUCUUCUGGUGCUCCAAGGCCCCAGUCGCGAGGACUUCAGCCACUGCAUCCGCAUGUCGAAGCGCGUCCCCCUGCGAGAUGGCAGCGUGGUGCGGCGCACCAAGAGCUUUCGCCGGGUGUCUCUGACUUUCCGAGGCAUCAUCGAGGCAAAGCGCAGCACAAAUCGGGCAGACAUGCCCGAGGGCUAUCGAAGCUACAUGGUCGGUCAAAACGAAUGCGGACCGCGGGCUGCAUUUCCUGUCGGCUGCCACCAGAGGUUGGAUGCCGCAGCAGGUUUUAGCUACGCAAGACAACGAGACCCGCCAAAAUAA